CAAGUCAAAUAAAUGAAUUUUUUUAUUUACCUGACAAUAUUUACGGAUUGGCUUGAGUCUCGGACCCGGAAUUAGUAUUAGUCCGAUAGCGCCUCAUCUCUAAAAACAUAAGCCACAAAAUCCACAUAUCCAGCCACGCCAAGCCACAGGAAGCCACAAGAAACCACUUAUACCUUAACCACCAAUUAUACCACGUAAAUAUGUAUAUAAGUGGGCCUAUAUACACAAAAUAUAUCUGGAUAACUGGUCAAAUAAAAAAAAUAAAAGCUUGACCCAUUCAAAUAUCCUAAAAAUAGGUAUCUGGCCAAGUCAAGUCAAGCCAAGUCAAGUCAAGUCAAAUAAUUACUUGACUUGUUGAGACCGCUGAUCAGAGUUUGCACAAUGACUCGUGGCUUUAGCAUCACCGCAAUCGGGUCCCGGACAGUCAUUAGUGGUCUGAAUAAGGUCCGAGACAAACGACAUCUGUCAAAGAAACUAUCCUAGACCUCGAUGAGUAUCUAAAGAAUACCUGGAAAGAAUAGAACUUAUCUUUUCUCAACUCUCUCUUUUUCAUCAGCAGCCAAGUUUCUUGAAGUCCCUAAAUUAUAUUAUUAGAACUACUGUAGUAAUGGCUCCUAUCGUUCAUCUCGUUCGUCAUGCUCAAGGUUAUCACAACCUGAGCGAAGCAAAUCAGCAAAUACGCGAUCCAGACUUAACGCCUCUGGGCGAGUCUCAGUGCGAUGAGCUCUGCAAGAAAUUCGAUGCUCACGAUAAAAUUACGCAUCUCGUCGCUUCCCCUAUACGGCGGACGAUACUUACUUGUCUGCGCUCUUUUGCGCCAGCGGUUAAAGCCGGGAAGAAAGUAAUCGCUCUCCCGGAUGCUCAAGAAAUCUCAACGCUGCCUUGCGAUACUGGUUCAGAUCCCAGCAAGCUGAAAGAAGAAUUUGGCGAACUUGUGGAUUUCCAUCUGCUUCACGAGGGCUGGAACGAUAAGUCUAGCGAAAGCAGGUAUUAUCCCACCCCUGCCAAUCUUGAGGCGAGGUCACGGGCCGCUAGGAUAUGGCUUAGGGACUUGGUGAACAAAGCCGGAGAUGACGCUCAGGUUGUCCUUGUCACCCAUGGCGGUAUUCUCCACUUCCUUACCGAGGACUUUGACGGAGUGAAGUUAGAGAGAGGUACUGGCUGGGACAACACCGAGAUACGUUCAUACGAAUUCAAGGAUCCAACCGGCCAAGAUCCUAACGCAACAUUAAAGGAGACCCAACCAAGCUGGCGUGGUCGGCGUGGCAGCGCAAUCCCUCUCACUGAGACUGAGCAAAUGGAGAUACGCCAAGCUUUCCAGACUGCUCUCAAGGAAGAAACCAAGAAGCAAGAGAGUCGCUUGGCUCAGGCAUCUGAGGCUGUUGUCGAUUAAGAGGUCGUCAACGCGGAGGGCUAAUCAGAUCUAUGUAAGACCUUGCUUAAUAGAAGUCCAUCAAUAGAGUAAAGCACCCCGAUAAAUAGACAAUACAAGACUAUACCGCUUUUUCCUACCUAGAA